AUGAAGGACAAAGGCCUUGUGCCUGAUCCGGACAUAUAUGCUGUGAACGAAAGCUUUGUUCCGGAUGAUUGGAAAUCCGAAACAACAUCUAUUGCUUCCUCCCUAUAUCGAGGCUAUUACGAAAAUGGGCGGAGAUAUCAGACCUUAAGGGAGGAAUCCUAUGUUCCUUCCGAUGAUCAACAGUUCGAGGCAUAUGAAGCUGGACACAUCACAGCAUUAACGAUGGAUUCACACCGGGAUAACCCGCUCUUUCGAUCACCCGUCGGGGGGAAAGAUCUAAAACACGUCCUCGAUAUCGGAACUGGAAAGGGGUCAUGGGUAGUUGAUGUUGCAGAUUUAUUUCCUACAGCCACUGUCCGAGGAGUGGACCUAUUCCCUCCGCCGAUAAAAUGGAUGCCGCCAAAUUGCGUCCUUGAGGUGGACGACAUCCUCCAACCCUGGACAUGGCAACAGCCCUUCGAUCUCAUCCACAUGCGUUUUUUGGAUGCCGCUUUUACGCCUGAAGAGAAUGCACAACUAUAUCAGCAAUGUUACGAUAAUCUUCGACCCGGUGGUUGGAUCGAGCAGCUCGAGUUAUCACACAAGUUCCACAGUGAAGAUAAUAGCUGGCCGGAACAAUGCCACCUCAAAGACUGGGAAAGAUUGAUGAUGACCGCUGCGGCAAAGUCUAGAAGACCUCUUGACCUCUAUCACCGCUUUCCAAGUCUGAUCAAACAGUCUGGCUUUGUCGAUGUACACGUGGAAGAAGUAAAGUGGCCGGUUGGGCCAUGGCCCAGGGAUAAGCAGCUUAAGGAGGCAGGAUCUGUCAAUCAGGCGCACUGGUUGACAGGCAUGGAAGGGUAUUCAAUGUAUCUGUUCACGAAAUUUGGGAGUCCGACUAGCUGGUCGAAGGAGGAGGUCCAUGUUCACUUGGCCCGAGUGAGGAAGGAGUUGACGGAUCCCCGGUACCACCUUUACCAUACAGUAAAACGGGUUUGGGCUCGGAAGCCUAUGCCAGACGAAGUUAUUAUUAAAAUUGAGGAUAAAUAG